GGCGCCUCUGCCGGUAAAUUAAAGACCGACACUUCAAUGAAGAAUGCCAUUUUCUUGUGUAUAACGUAAACUCUUUGGAUUUAUUAAAUUAACAGUGCUUUAAAACGUUCGGGGAACAUCGAUAAUCUCUUGGAAUAAACUGUGGAAUGUGGUGUGCAGCAAGAAAACUCGGUGGUUGUUGAAUGAACGUAGUAAAUUGCAAGCAAAAAGUGUAGUGCGUUAGAUCAUAUCGAACCCAACAUAAACAAUCAAAAUAUUGUUAUUUAUGUUGAAUCCAAGUGUAAUAAUGUGAUUUAAACACAAAAUAUCGAUGUACAGUGGGGAAUUGAUGGUGAACCGGGUCCAAUUUCGUUCGACACACACAGACAAUGGCGGCGUUUUUAAAUCCGUUUACAAAAUAAACAAUAAAACAAUGAGGCUCCAGAACCAUUAAAGGGAAACAUAAAAGUAAUGGACCCGGUACUGCAGCGACUAGGAGAUGUCACAAUACAGAGACUCGAGAAGCCGAAAGAGGCCAAAAUGGGACCUCAGAGCCACAGUGGGGCUCUGGAAAAGCCACCGAAAGAGGCACACGAGAGCCCCAUCACCAGCGAGGACGAGGAGAGCGAGGACGAUUUCCCCAUUCCUAACCUCAAAAGGAACCUGCCCGAGUCUCAGGUUUCAAUGAAAAAGUUCAAGUUUGAUGAUAUAGCGAACCUGGCUGUCGGGGCCAAGAAGUGCGAGGAUAUUAACCGCGAAAUUGCCAGUGUAAAUAAUUUUAGCGACGAGGAUAUGUCGGAGUUUGAAGACGAGUCCGACAUCGAAUCUGAAGGUGACUUAAAUGAUCUUAUCAACUCUUCGGCGGAAAAACUUGGUAAGGAGGAGAUUUCCGAUGAGGAAGAGGAGGAAGAAUCGUUUUUAGAUAAAUUAGUUGACGAACCUUUUACGGGGGAACUGCCCAUAGUUCCUAAGCAAGAAGCCCCAGACGAGGACUACGACUAUGACAUAAAAGAAAAACUGAAGGAAAUGGGGGAAAUCAGUUUUGAAACGGUGAAAAAGGGCGAGUCGAAACCGAAAAAGACCGAACCGACGGGAGAAAACGAAGUUUCCGUCACCCCCGCGAAAAAACCAGGAGCAAUAGAGGACGAAGCGUCUCUACCAAAAGGCAUAAACAUGAGACGAAACAUCAGGGAAGUAAUGGACGAGACCAAAUUGGACGAGGCCACUCUUGCGGCGCAACGACAAGAAGCCGAAAGGGUUAGGAGGGUUGUGGAACAGCAAAAAAUAUUGAGGGAAUAUCAAAGGCAAGCUAAUCAGGAAAGAAUGCAGCAAAAAGUUAUAUCGCUGUUGCAAGGGAAUAAUUUAAAUAAGCCUGGAACCUCUUCUACUACCAGAAUAGGAAAUACGGUAUUGGUGAAACUGCCGAACGGCCAAACGAAGCCGAUGACGAAACUCCCUAAGCGCCCGUUCGAACUUCUGCGCGUGCCGAAAGGCUCCCCUCCCCAGCACCCCUUCCAUCCGGGCCACCAGCCGCCCCCGAUGCCGCCCGCGUGCGGCCUCUUCCCGCCCGUGCCGCCGAUGCGGGCGCCGCUCCCGGCCCACCAGCAGCGCAGCCUGCUGACCGCCAAGAAACCGGGCGCGGGCGGCCAGCUGACGCCCAGCGUCAGCAUAGCGCCCGUCGGCAAGAAGUUCGUCCCCGGCAUGGUGCCCAAGCUGGAGAACUUCAGCGAGACGGACAGCGAGGGCGAGGACAUCAAGUUGCCCAUGGUCAAACCUAAAACGAAAGACUCGGCUCCGGUGACGACUAUCGACAUCUCGUCGGACGACGACUGCAUCGUGGUGUCGGAACCGGAAGCCGACGGUCCGGACGACUCGGAGGACGACCCGAGCAACAGCGGCAUGCACACCAACGACGAGUUCAACCAGCCGGACGAGCGCGGCCGCGUGCUCGUCAACGUCGGACAUCCGGACGACGAGCCGGACGUUUUUCUCGCGCCGCAGAUCGCGCGCAUCAUCAAGCCGCAUCAGGUGGGCGGCGUCAGGUUUCUCUACGACAACGUGAUCGAGAGCACGACGCGCUUCGAGAGCUCUUCCGGUUUCGGGUGCAUCUUGGCCCACUCGAUGGGUCUCGGCAAGACCCUGCAAAUCGUGUGUUUCUCCGACAUCUUCCUGCGGCACACUGCGGCCAAAACCAUCCUGUGCAUAAUGCCCAUCAACACCUUGCAAAACUGGAUGGCCGAAUACAACAUGUGGCUGCCUACGGAAGAGCAAGCGCCCAAUUCCCCGCUCAACGCUCACGGCGAAGUCAGAGCGAGAAACUUCGGGCUGUACGUCCUGAACGACAGCCACAAGACUCUACCGGCGCGCGCCAAGGUCAUACACCAGUGGCGCACGUUCGGCGGCGUGCUGCUGAUAGGCUACGAGCAGUACAGGCUGCUCAGUUUGAGGAAGUUCCCUAAAUCGCGCAGGAAGAACCCCUUGGACACCAAGGACGACGACAAGAACAGGGCCCUGUUCGACGAGGUUCACGAAGCCCUCGUAAAACCGGGCCCGGAUCUGGUGAUCUGCGACGAGGGCCACCGCAUAAAAAACUCCCACGCGUCGAUUUCUCUCGCGUUGAAGCAGAUGUGCACCAAGAGACGCGUGGUUUUGACCGGAUACCCGCUUCAAAACAACCUCAUGGAGUACUGGUGCAUGGUGGAUUUCGUGCGGCCCAACUAUUUGGGUUCGAAGACGGAGUUCUGCAACAUGUUCGAACGGCCCAUAAUGAACGGCCAGUGCAUAGACAGUACCGAGGCCGAUAUUAAGUUGAUGAGGUACAGGGCGCACGUUUUGCAUUCUUUGCUGUUGGGUUUCGUGCAGCGUAGGAGCCAUGCGGUGUUGCAAACCGCGCUGCCGCAGAAAGAGGAGUACGUUCUUCUCGUUAGGAUGUCGACGUUUCAGAGGGAGUUGUACGAGACUUUCAUGAACGAAGUCGUGAGAUCACAGGCGGUACCGAAUCCGUUAAAAGCCUUUGCUGUUUGUUGCAAAAUCUGGAAUCACCCGGACGUUUUGUACAACUUCCUCAAGAAACGCGGCGGCGACGCGGUGGAUAUCGAUUUGGAGGAGGUGGCAGGUGCGGCGGUCACCCCACAGGUGGCGUUGGCGCCGGUCAAAGAAACGAAAGCCAGAAAAACGCCGGCACGACCGAGAAGAACCCCUGCGAAAGGUAAAAACGGCAAACCGGCCGCUUCGGUUACGCCGUACAACAGCUCGCAAGAGCAACCGCCCACGCAGCUGCUCGGCACUCCGAUUUCGGCUUCUGGGCCCCUAACCUCCUUCAGCAACACCAUUUCUCAGGUGGCGAGGGAGUCGUCUCAGGGCUCCGUUCCGCAGCAGAAAAACAACACGCCGUUUCAAGGCAGCACCUACUACGACCAGCAUUUCGACCAGAACGCGCAGUUUCCGACGAACUUCGGCAGGCAGCAAACCAAUACAUAUCCCGACAACAACCAAAGUACAAAUUUUAACGAGCUGAGAAGUCAGUCUCAGUCCCACUCGCAGCCGAGCACGUUCAUCAACUUGGACAACCAAACCCCCGCGCAAAGCAACAACUCUCUAACCUCCUUGACGAACCUAUCGUCGGAAAUAUCGCUGACGCCAGUAAAAUCCGCGAAAUCGGCCAGUUCUAGUCAAAUAUCCCUAACUCCCGCCCAAAAUCGACAACAACGCGAUUUCACGCAACUAAACACCGGACAAGUCUCCCUAACGCCCAUACAACAAAACAUGCCGCCCCCACAACAACAAGCCGGUUACAACCAGUAUCAGUCGCCGCCCAAUCAAAACAGGCAGCAGUUCGGCAACCGCGCUUUCUCAUCCAACCAGCACAACCAGCCCUACGGAGGCAACAUGCAGCAAAACGAUCAGCAACAGCAUAACCCUCCAGUGACGUACAGCCACACUUUACCCGGGGGCAAUCCGGAAAACGCCAUUUACACGCCAGGUUCCGUUGCCACCCCAACCAACUACAACCCCAAUACUCAGCAAAACGAAAAUUUCGCUCAGCAGAACGCGAAUAAUCAGCAAACGUUCGCACCGCAACCUCCGCAACAACCCAACUUUGCCAACCAACAAAAUCAGCAAGGUUGGCCUGCGCAACCAAAUCAGCAAACUGUCGCUUACAAUGCGAAUCAGGAGUACAACAAUCAACAGCAAAACACCUACAAUCAACCGGCUGCGAGUCUAAACUACACGCAAACAUCAACGAAUCAGCCAAGUCAAGCCCAAACGCCGGCUUACAAUCAAACCCAAGGGCAAGGAAUAGAACCUCUGAUGAACUACACCCAACAAACUACCGGCUACAGUCAGCAGAAUCAGGAGUUCAAUCAGCAAGGUUUCGCCCAGCAGAACCAGUCCCCUCAGUUCAGCAGAAGUCAGCAAAGUACGCCGUUUAACAGCCAGACGACCAAUCAACAUCAAACUCCGCCAAAUCAGCAAAGCGCGCCGUUCAGCAGUCAGACUCAGCAAAGAGCUACUUACCCUGAGACAUUUACAAGCCAAAAUUACGAAACCCCCGGUUACAGUCAGCAACCCACUCAGAAGUCUCAGGAAACGUUCAGCUACGCCAAUCAAGGUCAAAGUUACAGCCAAAACAGUCAGCAAAACUUCGAGUCCGGCAACUUUCAGCAGCAGCAAAACUACUGGCAGCAACAACAGCCACAGCAGCAGCAGCAAGAAGGGUUCAGUCAGCAGCAAAAUACGUUCUUCAACCCUCAGAAUCAGCAGCAGCAGCAGUUCAACGCGAAUUUCAACAGCAACUCGAACCAAUCGUGGAUGAAGAAAGACGACUCCAAAUGCAACACGAUCAGCUCGAUAAAAAGCGAAACCAGCAACGACUCGAAGCCGAAAAUCAAAAUCAUCAGCGACAUCAAGUUGCCGCCGGUAUUUCCGGGGCACAGUAACGACUCAAAGCCGAAAAUUAAGAUUAUCAGCGACAUAAAAAUCGAGCCGAAACUGGAGGACGUCGACGAAAAGUUCGAGUUGAAGCAGGAAAUCAACAAGUUGAAGAACGAACUGAAGAACGAGUUGAAAAUCGAAGGCGACAGCAAAUCGUCCAGACCGACGUCGCCGUUGCCAAAAUUGAGUUCUCUUGUGAGCACAAAAGAGGAUACCGGGAUUCCGUACGAUUGGGCGCUUGAGCUGUUGAAGGACUACGUUCCGGGUUGCAUAGAAAACUCCGCCAAGAUGAAGAUACUUUUCUGCAUCAUACGCGAAAGUAUAGCGCUGGGGGACAGACUUUUAGUGUUCAGUCAGUCCCUCAUAACGCUGGACUUGAUCGAGCAGUUCUUGCAGAGCAACUUGGUGCCCGGAGACACUGUGAACUGGGCCAGGAACACCAGCUACUACCGUUUGGAUGGAUCCACGAGUGCUUUGGAGCGCGAGAAGCUCAUCAACGAGUUCAACUCGAAUCCGAAGAUUCACGUGUUCCUCGUUUCCACUCGGGCAGGUUCGCUGGGUAUCAAUUUGAUCGGCGCGAAUCGUGUGGUGGUCUUGGACGCUUCGUGGAACCCGUGUCACGACACUCAAGCCGUGUGCAGGGUUUAUCGGUACGGGCAGAGGAAACCGUGCUUCGUCUAUCGAUUGGUCGUGGAUAAUUGUUUGGAAAAGAAGAUUUACGACAGGCAGGUUAAUAAGCAAGGUAUGUCGGAUCGCAUCGUGGACGAGUGCAAUCCGGACGCCCACUUGACCAUGAAAGACGUCAGCACCCUGUGUUGGGACGAUAAAAAGGACGAGGGAGACGAAAAAGACUGGUCUUGCGUUAAAGACAACUACAUCGACGUGGUUUUGCAAAAGGUUCUUGUCGAGCACGGGCGCUGCUUGAACAAGGAACCCUUUCAGCACGAGUCCCUCCUGGUGGACAGGAAAGAGAAGCAGCUGUCGUCGCAGGAGAAGCGUUUGGCGAAAAAGGGCUACGAGAGGGAGAAACAGGCUUCGCGACAGCCGUCGUACAGCGUUGCCAGUGGGAGAGGUCACAGGCCCAUCGCCUCGGUCAGGCCCAUGCAGCAGGGCGAGCGGCCCAGCAGGUGGAUACCGGCCGAGCACUGGCAGAGACAAGGCAUGACAGCUCAGGAGAUGACGCUGCCACUCGACGUGGUGAUCCCGACGAAUCAGCCCGAAAAAGGCAACAUAGUUUUAAAAGCGGGCCAAAAGGUGCUCGUCCUGAAGUCGCCGAAAGGCGUCUACAUGCAGCUGGAAAGCGGCAAAAUAGUCGCGAUCAAGACGGCCAUCAAAGUGAAAGGCAAGGCCGAGGAGAGCGCCAACGACCCGACGAAGAUGUCGCCCAAAUCGACGAUGGCGGCCGCCAUGCUGCCGGGUCUGGGCGCGCUGCCGCCCACGAUGAAGGUCAACCCCUCCAUCUCGGCGAUGCCGACGCAGAAGAAGGUGGUGAAGCCGUUCCAGCCGGGCGUGGCCAAGUUCAACGUGCGCAGCAUAAGGCAGUCGGUGCCGAAUUUGGUGUCGCGCAUCCAGAGCGUCACCAAGAAGGUGCAGAUGGCGAAGACGAAGCCGUACAACGUCGGCUCGGAGAUCGCUAAGUCCCUGAAGGAGGCGGAGAGCAUGCCCGGGAGCAGCAGCGAGGACGAGCACGCGUCUUUCGCGUCGCAGCAGCAGCAGCAGCAGCAGGACAACAAGCCGAAGGUGGAGAGGCUCAACGGACCCGAGGAGAUACAGCGGCAGAUUUCCAUGCUGAAGAGCAAGCAGAUUUCCAUCCAGCGGGUGAGUUCGCAGGCGCCCAAGCCGAAUCCGGCGGAGGACAAGAAGAAGGCGCCUCUGGAGCAGCUCGAGCGCACCGCCACGUCGGUGUUGAACGACAAUACGCCCUUCCAAGACACUCUGGACAGCAUCACUCGAAACUUCAAAAACGCGGACGCUGCAAGUUCGGACGAACCUCUGGAGCACCUGGAAGAGGAAGAAGAAGAAGAGGAGGAGGAAGAAGACGAAGAAGAGGCGGCCGCCCUGGAAAGCGAGGACAAGGAGGAGACGCACGAGAUAAGCGACCACAGCGACGACGUGACCUUCGUCUCGGGCCGGCAGCCGCCGCCCGCGGACGCUUCGAAGCCCGCCGACGCCGCCCCCGCCGACUACGGCUACAACUACGGCGGCUACCAGUACCCGCCGUACCACGGCCAUCCGCCGCCGCCGCAGGGCUACCCGCCCUACCCGCCGCCGCAGCACCCGCCCCCCUACGACGCGAUGGGCUACGCGCCGCAGCAGUACGGCUACGCGUACCCGCAGGGCUACGCGCCGUACCCGCCGCCGCCGCCCCCGCAACCCGGCUACGACUACCAGACGGCGCCGCCGCCGCAGCCGAUGUACCCCGGCUACCACCAGCCGUACCCGCAGCAGUACCCGCCGCCGCCCCCGCAGGCCGGGUACCCGCCCCCGCCCGCACAGCAGCCCCCAUACGCGGACUACCAGUACCCGGCGGCGGGGGCGCCCGCCCCGCAACCGCCCUACUACCCCAACACUUAAGUAUUAAACGUUGACGCAAGAACCCAGUGCAAUUUUUUUACCUUGGCCCGCGGAAAAUUCAUUUUAGUUGGAAAGUGUUCUUUUCCGAAACGCAAACAGUUACAAAGAAAUGCAGCCCGGCAAUGAAAAAGGUAGGUUUUAUUUUAAGUUUUUUAUUGACCAGCGCCAAUCGAAAAAGCAUAAUUUUUACCUCGUUAUCAAUUACAAAAAAAUAAUUAUUUUCAUCUAAAGCCUCAUUUUUUAUUCCAGGUCGCAUACGUUAUUUUGUAAACUUCCCAGCAUUUUUUUUUAAUACUUUAAAGCCCAACAAAAACUGCCUUUAAUGUAUUAAAAAAAAACUUAUUUACGUUCAAUAGUGAUGAACAAAACAGAGAUAUUUGCCGCUAACAUUUUUAAAUAAUGAAGACUUUAAAGCGCCAACGCAAACGCGAUUUUUAAUCUAUGCGUCAUUCCAUCAAAACAUUUUUCUUUAAGGUCUAAACCCCGCGAAUUUUUAAACAUUUUGUUUUAUAUGUAUAAAAAUAAUGAUUUGAGCUCUUCAGUACUUUCGUGAUGAUUUUUGACGAUAUUUUUUUCUACUUUUUUUUUGGAGAAAUAAAUACAAACAGUAUUUAUUAUAAUAAAAAUGCUUUUGAUAUUUUUUUUCAAAGCUUAUAAUUUUGUACAGGGUGAUCCCCAAUAAUGUCGCCCCUCUUUAACUUUUUUAUAUAAAGUGUCAUAAAAAAUUUAAAAGUGUGGUUAUGUGUGUAUUAAAAAAUACUUGUUUUCUACGAAAAUUGAUUAGUAUACAGGGAAAAACAAAAAGUUUAUUUUUUCUCAAUGGAUCACCCUAUAUAUGAAUUUAUUUUUCGAUUCCUUGUAAAAUUCUAAGCAUUUUUUAUUAUUAUUAUUAUUAUAAAAUGGUUUCCUUAGCGCUUUAAGGCCUACAGGUAAGAAACACAACGUUUAAAACGAUUAUUAAUCUGUAUAAACAGCACAAACCCAUCACAAGAUUUGUAAACAACAUAAAAAUGGCCGCCGUUAAAGUCUGCGCAGUGGGUUGCCUAACCUCGUGGUUUCUAUCAUGCGCGAAUUUGUAGGUUAGGUUGGCAAAUUCUAGGGACCCUAAAUUUAAAAUCGACUACUAUACAUUUAGUGAAACAAACUAAUUUAGUGGAAAAAUUAAUUGUGGUUGUGUUAUAAUUAUUUGAGGUUAAACAUGUUUAUAAAUUUUGAAAUGUCACAUAAAUCCACUAAAUAAUUUUGUUUUACUCAAUGUAGCGAAUUAUAAAUUUAGGGUCCCUAGAGUUUGCCAACUAAACCCCCAAAUUUUUGAGGUUGUCAAGUUCCGAAUAAAAAUAAACAAACUGUAAUUAUUUAGCGUGAAUUUGACAGUUGCUUAACCUAAAAAUUACUUUAUUAUUUGAUCGAGUAUAAACAAAAAAUAACCCCAUUGUGAAUAUUACAUUUUUUGUGUAAAAAAUCACUGGUGGUAUUUUUAUAAAACAUUAUUUACAUAAAAAAAAUAUCGUCGAAAUUUGAAAAAUCAUUACUGGAAAAGUAAUAUAUUUAAAAAAUCGGCGGUGGUCUAUCUCCAAAAAAAUGUAUUUGGUGGAAUGAUCCAUAUAUAUAAUAUCAUAUAAUAUAUAUAUUUUUCACCAUUCCAAGAAGUCUUAAGACUUUUAGUCUUCUUGGUUUGUUACCUGCGCAAUAGAACUGUUUUUCUCAAUCUCAGUGUUCAAUGACCCCAAAUCAGAAAAUAACACUUUUUUAUUAAAAUGGCAAUUAUCUGUCGGCCAACGUUCUCAUAUUUUUAUUUUGUGAAAUCGUAACGAAACCUCGGUGUUUGCAUGCUAGAAUUAGGUUGGUACGGACGUGAAAGAAUUUUAGGGGAUUUUUGCAUCACCGGUUGGUAAUUUAAAAUCUCAGUAUUACACAAUUUCGAAGGGAAGACGUUUUCGAUCAAAAUUACCACAAAUUUGACAUCACCAGAAAACUUAAAAUUCUUUCACCUCACUUGGUAGGUACUGUACACAGUUUUAGAAUUCACGUAGACAUUAGACGUGUCUAUGGUUUCUAUCAGUGUUUACCAAACUUAAGAAAAAAUCUCAUCUAUCCCUAGAAUAAGACCAGAUACCAACUAAGCUUUGUAGAAUUUAAUGAAAGUAAAAAAUCAAUGUCGAUAGUAUGUAAUUAAGUUUUAAUUUAUCUUGUAACAAGAUACCCCUUAUCGUGUUAAACAAAAAAGUGGUACUGACAUUUAUAUUGUGCGCCUCUUGAAUUAAUUUUUAAUAUCAUUUAUUUUCUGCAUUUAUUAUUUAAGUUAUAUCUAUAUUUACAGUGAUUCGAUUUAAUAAUAUAAUUUAUCAAAUUAUUUAACUGCGAGUUUUAUUUAUCAU